CUGAGUCUCUGUCAUGUGCACGACUCGGUGGCGUUGACGUCAUCUGGAAACUGGAGCAUUGCCCCGCUACUUACACCAUACACGCACUUGCAUGCGCAACAGGCAGUACCAAGGCAGUACAAAAGAUCCGGACUCAUCAUCACAGCACUAGUCUCCAAUUCCCCCGGUUGCCGGUGACCGCCCUCAGCAUGGAUGGCCUACAUAGCGUUGAGGAUGCCGUUACCACGCUCUCUCAAACACUCCGUGCUCGAUGGACCAAUUGCGAGCCGCUGCUUCUGAAGCUGGAGGAGAUCAACCGGCUCGUCCAAGGACUGCCCCCGGAUGAACCGACUCUCCAAGCCAGUACACGCAGACUUGACUCUGUGCUGGCUGACCUCGAGAUAUCCGACAGCCUGAGCUCUCGAUUUGCCAGGCUCAUGCAGAGAUGGCUUCCGCCUGCUCAACGCUCCGAACCAGAUUGGGCACACGAAUCUCCUGUGCCGCCGCCUGCAAACGAGCAUCUCUCGACAGGGCGGAUACAGGCGAUAGCAAAGCAGUUGCAGAGCGUCAUCACAGCACUCAAAGCCGCAUACUCCUAUGCUCCUAGGGACGUAGAAGACGUCCUACAGACAGAACGCAUACUGCAUGUCGACCUAGGACUUCCUCUCCCGCUCGUAUGGACGAUCUUCGACGAGGCAGAAUACUGGGUCCGCUCCGUCGGACGUUGCGGAAGCCUGACAGUUACCGCAGAGACUGCUGCGAUCCAAGAGUCGCUCUGUUGCACAGCGAGGAUACCACCGGGUGUGAAGGAUUACAGACCGCUGCGCCGGAUCGUGUUCACGAUCGAAUCUCAUGACCAAGGUUGGCGAACCUCUGACGACGGCGGUUCCUGGACGUGGUUCGAAGUAGGCAGUGACACUGCUUCGAGGCGGUUCAUCGCGAACAACACUGCUGCGACCCGUGACUUCCGAACGCACCGCGUACAAUGGGACCUCAUUCCGAAUGACGAGGACCCCGAAGCAGACACUGAGUUGCACGAGUGGAUGAGCCGCUUCGCUGGUGGAGAAGACAUCUCCGUGUUCGCCAGAGCUCAGUUUGGAGGAUGGAAGAAUUACGUUCGAAGGGUGCUGGUGGAGGUUUAUUGCGCUUGCGUCUAAGUAGCGGCGUGUCCCGUCUCAGUCGGAUAGCAGGGUGGAGCUUGCCCAUUGUUUUCAAUGAUACAACUCUAUAAGAAGCGUGAACAUUCGUGCGGGGGUAACAGGCGUUCGGAUUGGCUGCAGACGAGAGACAAAGACAAAGACGAAGCGCACCUCGGG